CACUGUUCCCCGCGGCCGGACCGGGGGCGGUGCUCACGCCUCCAGCCCCGCUGACGCGAUAUAGGCCGAGAUCACCUCAGAGGCUAGCGGUGCAAUCACAGAGCGCGCCACCGCCUGUCGAGCUCGCCCUGAGAUCCCUCCGCCUAGCGCCUCCAGCACCGUGUCCUAGUGCCCCACACCCGGGCACACAGAACCGGGUUGCCUGCGAUUCUCAGGGACUGAUCGCCUCUUAAGCUACGUUCUCCUCUGGCCCUGUACCACUGUGCCAUAGGCGCAGCCCGCUUCCUCAGGUCCCCUUUCCCGCGCAAGAAGACUGCCGAAUCACAGUGUUCUUUAGGGGUGUGGCCAGCGGCAGACCCUACCCCGUUCUGUGACGCAAGGAGUGGCGCGCGUGGGACCCGAGGGCUGGGGCUGGGUUUAGUAGGAGACCUGGGGGCCGGGGCCGCCUGUAGGCUCCCAUCUACCAGCUUCUCUUGCUCCGUCGAUUAGGAGGAGCGGUGGCGACUUCGGCCUCCAGUGUCUACGGCGAAGUGGAGUGGCGGCGGCGGCCAGGAUAAUGUUGCUGGGCUUGCUGCAGGCGGGUGGGUCGGUGCUGGGUCAGGCGAUGGAGAAGGUGACAGGCGGCAACCUCCUGUCCAUGCUGCUGAUCGCCUGCACCUUCACCCUCAGCCUGGUCUACCUGUUCCGUGUCGCCGCCGGCCACCUGGUCCAGCUGCCAGUAGGGGCGAAAAGUCCUCCAUACAUUUUCUCCCCGAUUCCAUUCCUUGGGCAUGCCAUAGCAUUUGGGAAAAGUCCAAUUGAAUUUCUAGAAAAUGCAUAUGAGAAGUAUGGACCUGUAUUUAGUUUUACCAUGGUAGGCAAGACAUUUACUUACCUUCUGGGGAGUGAUGCCGCUGCACUGCUUUUUAAUAGUAAAAAUGAAGACCUGAAUGCAGAAGAUGUCUACAGUCGCCUGACAACACCUGUGUUUGGGAAGGGAGUUGCAUACGAUGUGCCUAAUCCAGUUUUUUUGGAGCAGAAGAAAAUGUUAAAAAGUGGCCUUAACAUAGCCCACUUUAAACAGCAUGUUUCUAUAAUUGAAAAAGAAACAAAGGAAUACUUUCAGAGUUGGGGAGAAAGUGGAGAAAAAAAUGUGUUUGAAGCUCUUUCUGAGCUCAUAAUUUUAACAGCUAGCCAUUGUUUGCAUGGAAAGGAAAUCAGAAGUCAACUCAAUGAAAAGGUGGCACAGCUAUAUGCGGAUUUGGAUGGAGGUUUCAGCCAUGCAGCCUGGCUGUUACCAGGUUGGCUGCCUUUGCCUAGUUUCAGACGGAGGGACAGAGCUCAUUGGAAAAUAAAGAAUAUUUUCUAUAAGGUAAUCCAGAAACGCAGACAGUCUGAAGAAAAAAUUGAUGACAUUCUCCAAACUUUACUAGAUUCUACCUACAAAGAUGGGCGUCCUUUAACCGAUGAUGAAGUAGCAGGGAUGCUUAUUGGACUGCUCUUGGCAGGGCAGCAUACAUCUUCAACUACUAGUGCUUGGAUGGGCUUCUUUUUGGCCAGAGACAAAACACUUCAAGAAAAAUGUUAUUUAGAACAGAAAACAGUCUGUGGAGAGGAUCUGCCUCCUUUAACUUAUGACCAGCUCAAGGAUCUAAAUUUACUUGAUCGCUGUAUAAAAGAAACAUUAAGACUUAGACCUCCUAUAAUGACCAUGAUGAGAAUGGCUAAAACUCCUCAGACUGUGGCAGGUUAUACCAUUCCUCCAGGACAUCAGGUGUGUGUUUCUCCUACUGUCAACCAAAGACUUAAGGACUCAUGGGUAGAACGUCUGGACUUUAAUCCUGAUCGCUACUUACAGGAUAACCCAGCAUUAGGAGAAAAGUUUGCCUAUGUGCCAUUUGGAGCUGGGCGUCAUCGUUGUAUUGGGGAAAAUUUUGCCUAUGUUCAAAUUAAGACAAUUUGGUCAACUAUGCUUCGUUUAUAUGAAUUUGAUCUCAUUGAUGGAUACUUUCCCACUGUGAAUUAUACGACUAUGAUUCACACCCCUGAAAACCCAGUUAUCCAUUACAAACGAAGAUCAAAAUGAAAAAGGCUACAAGGAACUAAUAUAUGUGAUCAUCACUGUAAGCCACAAAACCAUUCCAAGAGAAUGAAGUGUACAAAACAAUUCUUGUGGUGUACUGUUUUUAUGAGUAAUUCUAGAAGCCAAUUUGUCAUUUAGUAUUUUAACUGAAUGGUUCUAUCAAAUGUAAUAGCAUUUGAAACAUUUUCUAAUAGUUAUGAAACUUAUACACAUGUGCUUUCAUGAAGUUUAUUAGCAAAACAAUUGUUCAGGGGGGAUCUAGGGAAUUGGCAGAUUCUAAAUAAUAUAAUUUCCAGGUAGUAAUUUUAAGAGUACAAUAUUUUAAGAGCUACACAAUAGCUCUUGGCAAAUAAGUUUAGGGUAUCCAAAUCUUGGACUAAUCCUGCAAGGCAUAAAGAAUAAAAAUUCCAGUGAGAUACUUAGAAAAACCACAGGUUAUUAUUUAUCUGGGCAAUUAUUGUGUGUGUGAGGAUGGAGGGGUAGGGAAUAAACGAACAUCUAAAGUCUUGAAUAAGAGAAUACUAAUUGUUUUGGUAUGAUGAUAGAAAUGGAGACGUUAUAGGAAAAAAUAUAUAUCCUUUGGGAUUUUUUUUUUUUUUUUUUUUUGAGACGGAGUUUCACUGUUCUUACCCAGACUGGAGUGCAAUGGCACGAUCUCAGCUUACCACAACCUCCGUCUUCUGGGUUCAAGCAGUUCUCCUGCCUCACCCUCCCGAGUAGCUGGGAUUACAGACGCGUGCCACCAUGCCCAGCUGAUUUUUGUAUUUUUAGUAGAGAAGGGGUUUCACCUCGUUGACCAGGAUGGUUUCGAUCUCUUGACCUCGUGAUCCACCCGCCUCGGCCUCCCAAAGUGCUGGGAUUAUAGGCAUGAGCCACUGCGCCCAGCCUCCUUUGGGAUUUUAACUAAAAUCACUGCAUAUAGGACAUUUAAGAGAUGUAGGACCAUAUUUGAUAAGAUUUCCUAAAAGUAAUGAAAUUAUUAUUGCUAAAGACUGCUCAUGUAUUUUGAUCUAAUCACUGAAUAUUACAUAUUUACCUAUCUGAUAAAAUACGUAUCUAGUUCUACAAGAUGACAUUUAUGUGGAAGUCCAAAGUCAAAUCCUUAGGGGAUAAUUUUAUUUCUCUUUGGCUCAGGUUGUUUCUGCUUCCUCUCUAGAAUCCAGUUAGGGAUGUUUGUUACUACUUAUGUUGAUUAAAACAGCUAAUAAACUUUCUUCUUUUUAAAUAUAAAAUGUGAGAUCAGUGAAUUCUGGCUUUAAGAUAAUCUGAAACAAGGUCCUUUGGAGUAACUGGUCCUUUCUGUUAAGCACAUUCUGUUGAGGAAUCAACUUAUCUCAAAUUGUAACUGGGAGCCUAUGAGAUGGCUGAAAAAAGACCACAUAGUCCGUUUUCACUAGAUGAUGCCAAAAUAUUUUCCCUUAUGUAUAUUACAAUUCUUUUAUUUAAAAGUCUGGAAGACUUAUGCUAAACUCUAAUUGUGAAGGCAGAAUCUCUGCUAAUUUUUCACAUUAAAAUUCUCUUUGAAAAAAUA